GAAAGAAUCAAAUUAAAGUAGCCAAGUAGCAGAGCAACUAGUUUAUAAAAAAAAACUUAGUUCUGAGAGAGAGAGAGAGGAGACAAAGUUGACUUUGGGAUCUUCGUGCUUACAAAACAGAACCAAACUUAAGACAAUGUCACUCAUGUUCGCUUCCCCUGUCGUCACACCAACCGUCGGAUCUUUCACCUUCUCAUCACGCCGCCGCUCCAACUACAUCGUGAUGUCCGCCGUCCGAUCUAACUCGACUUCACUAUGUCCUGUACUGACAAAGUUUCAGAAAGACUGUGCCACUCCUACACCUUACUUACGUGAAGUAGCCAACGCCAUUGCCAAUGACAUGCGAGCUGGUCUAGCUGUUGAUGGAGGUGGAGAUCUUGAGAUGAUCUUGACUUAUGUUGAUGCUUUGCCUUCUGGGAAUGAGGAAGGGUUGUUCUAUGCAUUGGAUUUAGGAGGUACGAAUUUUCGGGUGCGUAGUGUGCAAUUAGGAGGAAGAGAAGAGCGUGUUGUAGCUACCGAGUCUGAACAAAUAUCUAUUCCUCAUAAGCUUAUGGUUGGUACAAGUGAGGAGCUUUUUGGGUUCAUUGCUACUAAGUUGGCAAGCUUUGUUGCAAAGGAGAAGCCGGGGCGGUUUCGGUUGGAACAAGGGAAGAAAAGGGAGAUAGGAUUUACCUUUUCAUUCCCUGUGAAGCAAACUUCUAUUGAUUCAGGCACAUUGAUCAAGUGGACUAAAGGGUUUAAUGUGUCUGGAAUGGAAGGAAAAAACGUGGUUGCUUGUUUAAAUGAAGCUAUGGAAGCACGUGGACUCGAUAUGCGAGUUUCUGCUCUCGUAAAUGAUGGAGUGGGAACAUUAGCUGGAGCAAGGUAUUGGGAUGAGGAUGUGAUGGUCGGUGUGAUUCUAGGCACUGGGACCAAUGCUUGUUAUGUAGAGCAGAAGCAUGCUAUUCCUAAACUCCAAAGCAAAUCAUCUUCUGGAAUAACGAUCAUUAACACGGAGUGGGGAGGGUUCUCUAAGAUUCUUCCAUGGACUAUUUUUGAUCGAGAGAUGGAUGAGAAAAGCCUGAAUCCUGGUGAACAUUUAUAUGAGAAGAUGAUCUCAGGGAUGUACCUUGGUGAAAUUGUGAGGAGGGUUUUGCUACAAAUGUGUGAAACUACUGACUUGUUCGGACAAUUCGUUCCUGUCAAACUCUCCACUCCCUUUGCACUCAGGACCGAGCAUCUAUGCAAAAUUCAAGAAGACAAUACUGAUGAUCUUCAAAUUGUUGGAUCAGUCCUAUAUGACAAUUUAGAGUUGGAGGCAACGAAUCUGGAGGCGAGGAGGAGAGUGGUCGAACUGUGUGACACAGUAGUGAAACGCGGAGGGCGUCUAGCUGGAGCUGGUGUAGUAGCACUUCUAGAGAAGAUUGAAGAAGAUACCAAAAGGAUGAGUUCAGGUAAAAGAACAGUUGUGGCUAUGGACGGUGCACUCUACGAGAAGUACCCGCAGUAUCGAGAGUAUAUGCAAGAUGUACUAGUUGAGCUUCUUGGCCAUAAGCUAGCAAGUUACGUUGCGAUCAAACAUACCAAAGACGUUUCUGGUCUCGGUGCUGCUCUUUUGGCUGCUACUAACUCCAUUUACUAAGUACUUCAUGAUUAUAGAGACUUGGUCCAUUUGUUUUGUGUACAUUAUAUCAUAUAUCAAUAAGAGUGUUA